GGAAGGCGCGGAAUUUAAGUACGUAAAUAUUCCCACGUCUUUUAGGAGGAAAAACAACUGAGUGUGCAGGUAUGGAGUGAAGACUGUUCUGCAUCACAGUGGCAAACAUGGAAGACUAUGGCCCAGCAGUCUUCUCCUCCAAGAAUGAGAAAACAAGCUCAGGCAAGAAGAUAAAAAGUGUUGUCAGUUAUCAAAUAUUUGUUCUAGAAAAUAAGAGUAAGCUGCAAGGGAAGUAUCCAUUCCUAAAAGCCCAUCAGAUAAAUGGUAAACUAAAGUCAUUGUGGAACACACUGCCAGAGGAGGAAAAAGGAAAGUACAGAAAAUUUACCCUGAUUUCAACACCAACACCUCCAAACAAAUCUCCCAAAGUUAAAAAUGAGAGGAAGGGGAAUAGUUGCAGAGGUAGACUCCUGACACCCAAAGCACUGAGGACAAAUAAAACUGCCUGUAAUUCCGGAAAUACAGAAUCACCUUUAUUCAAAAGCAAAGGAAAAAUAGAUGACAGUGGUCAUUGGGAAAAUACUCUGUUAGGUCCUUACCAUGACAGUGAUGAAGACUCUGUGGAAGCCGACGAAAAGCUAGAACCAGACCCAUGUUUGUUUGAGGAAGAUGAUCCAGGUAACAGUAGAAAAGACUCUCCAGUGCCUUGGCCCAAAGAAUCCAAUACAUAUAACACCAGAUAUUCUGUAGAGAAGAAUUACAAAGCUCCUGAAAUCAUCAGCAACUCUGGCAUGUCUGACAGAUCAGGAAUUCUCAAAAGUGCAAACAAAGAAAACAGACGACCAAGAGCAAGAGUUUCAUUCUCUACAAAAGAUGUGGAAGUGAAGAUAAUGAGUGAGAUGGAAGAUUCUUGUUCUACCACAAAUGCCUCUCAAGAUCCAGGGUCAAGCUUUGAUACAAACCCCUAUAAUUUUGAUGCCAUCGAUAAGUUUGAAAUUUGCAUAGGUUCACCAAAACCCGAACAAAUAAAUACAUUGGGUAAGCAGUCAUCAAUAUCCCAACAAAAUUGUAACACCAAAAAAGAGUCUAAAAUUACUAGCAGCAAGAAUCCACCAAAGAAAGCAGCCAGAAGGAAGACGAUAUCUCCAGCUGUGCAAACCAAACGAAUGUUACGUUCUAGAUCACCCAAUCAAAGUGCUGAAAAGGAGAGGAAGUUUGUGUUCAAACUUGAUGAGCUCUCUUCAUCCCCAUGUCAAGAUGCUGAAAGUGGUAGAGGUGAUGCUGAAGAAAGUUUCCUGAGUGAAGAUGGCAUCGUUUCUGAUUGCAGUGAUGCUAAAUGGUCUGGAAGGAAACCAGUCUCACAAUGUUUACUGGCGGGAGGAGAUAACCAGAAAGUAUUGCAGACCCAUGUUUCCAUGACAACAGAAACCCCACCCUCUCUAGAUACAAGCACAGACACUAACAAUGCCAUCUUAGCACCCAGAAAGAGAAGGCAAUUAGCCCACUCCCUAAAGGAAACCAAAAAGGCUCCCAGUAACGAAAAGUCAAAGAUAAGUGCAGCAAGGUUACAAAAAUGGCAAUCUCCCAGGUUUCAAACAAAGGCUGAUACUGCUUAUGUUUCCAUGAAUAAUGAUGCUAAAAAGUCAGAAAGGAAGGCAAAACAUAAACCAUCCAGGAGAAGACCAGAAACAACCAUGGGUAACAAGUCUGACUGUUAUGGCUCUUUGCUGGAAUCCUCAGACAAUUCAAAGCAGAUGCUUAGUACAGAUGUGGAUGUCUUCCAACCUAAGCUUAACUACACAGAGUUUACAGAUGAACCAUCCAGUGGUUCUGAGGCAGAAAUGUCCCCUGUGCUCCUGGAAUCCCAGGCCAAGUCUCGGAUGUCAGUAGCAGAGACCAUCCGUAGCCUGAAGAUGAUCGCAUCUCCAGAUAACAUUGCUCUCAGUGAAGAAUCAACUUCUGACUCUCCUAAAAUCCUUUCUCCAACACUAUCAGACAUUUCUGUGUUGUCAAGCCUGUCUUCUAAUGAAGGAUGUGUCUCAGAACAGAACGAGUCAGCAGUACAAAGGAAGGGGGCCCUCAGACAGGAUCGCAGCAAUCAGCAGAAAAUGAGGGGCAAUGCUGUGAAUGCUCUGGGGAUGAACAUAACAAGCAAGCUGCUCCCAAGGCUACAGAGCAAAUGGGCGAGGACAAAGGUACGAGAGCCUCUGUGUGACAUGUUCCAGGACAUGACUCCUCCAGAACUGAGGAUGAUGUCCACCCGACGAUUGGUGUCCAGCUCAAAGAAAGAAGGCACAGGCAAUUUUGAAAAACUCUUUGAGGAAAACGAAAUAUUUGGAUGAUAUUUUGUGUUGUCCAGUAAGCAGUAUUUGUUCUUUUCAAGUCAAAAUUCACAUUCAGAAAUCAAUGUAGUGAGUAAAUCACCUGAAGCUCUUAGUUCAGUAAUUCACUGAAUCUACAAGAUACAUGUACUGUCUUUGUUAAUUACAUGUGAUGGAUUAGCAAUGUACUUUUUUUUUUUCUUUCCCAAAGAUAAAAUGGUGUUUCCUGAAUGAGACGAUUCAUUUUAUAGUUUGUAAGCAGGUUGAUGAGACAAGUAUUACACAGUCAAACUGUUUUGGCUUUUGUUAGUGCUAUAGAUAAAAGAGAGUUUGUUUCUUUUAA